AUGAAUAAUCAAAUAAGAAGCAAAAACAUUAAAACUCCAAAGCCUGGAAACAAUUUAUUUCUACCAAGUUUCCCCUCAAAAUCUCCGCAAAAUUUAAGCCAAGCCAAAAAAAACAAAAAAUUCAUCCAAAAUAAAAAAGCCAUAACUUUGACCCCAAUUGAUCAAAUAAAGACCCAGAUAUCAACAGCUAUACAUGGUAUCGAAAAGUCAAAAUUCAAUUUAGCUAGGCCAAAAUCACCUGCAAUAAAAGAUAUGAAUACUCUUUGCACAAUUCAAGCAAUCACUCCUCCACCAGUUAAACUGAAACUUGUCAAUUUGCACUUUAAAAAUUUAUCAAUGGAUUCUGCUACCCCUGAAGCAAGAAUAAUUUUUCCAUCGUUGAGAGGUUCGUCAAAGCAUGAUUCACAUGUUAGCAAUAGUUCUCCGUAUAUAUUAAAAUAGAGCGGAGAGCUAGCCUAGCCUCUUAAUAUCUGUAGCGGUGCGAUUUAGGGACCUUGUGGAAUGGAGUACGGUGUUCGGUGAUGUAACCGACUAGGUUUUAGGUGUUUUGGAGGAGCGCAAUUUCGGAUUAGGCUGACCGUGCAGGCUAAGGUUUUGCCUCUUGGAAAGCUGGAAAGGGAAAGCUCACCAGCAACUCUUGGCCAAUCAGAGCGUUUCCCUGUGCGAUGCCAGUGUUAUAUCCUGGGCUUUAAUUUACAUUUUCGUCCGCAGGUGGAAAGAAAAUUCGAUUUUUCGAAUUUUUGGAAGGUAAGCAGGUUUACACGCAGGAUGAUGACCUAUCGUUUAUGAUUGGCAAGUAUUGAGUGCAAGUCCUUAUCUGUCAGGAACAAUACAAUAAUGGCCAUGUUCGGGCUGAUAAGUAAGCAGUGAAGCUUUUAUAGAAGUGAGCAAUGCCUGAAAUAUAGCUGCAGGGGAUUUCUCUGAUAAUGCAAUUAGGUUUGAUUUUAAGCAAUAAUUCUCCAUUAGAUUUUAUGAAAAAGAGCCCAAUUUUAAGGAAUAGACUUACUUUACUAUUUAAGAAAAAUAACAGAAAGCUAGGAAAUGCAAAACAGGUAAUCAAAACCAAAAGAGGAUAUAAUGAGCUUAGAAGCUCAAGAAGCUUCACCAAUUUUCUUGAAGAAAAUUUGAAUGAAACUGAAGAUUCAUAUAAUAAUGACAGUUUUUUGGAAAAUUAUAAGACAAAUUUGGAGGAAAAUUUUCUCCAAUCAAGAUUCCAGAUGUAA